AUGACAUUCUCUACUGCAUCCCUGUCAUCUGCAUACGAAGAUGGUGGUGACCGGUUCGAUCAGCAAGCUGACGUUGACGAGGCGUAUCUCCCCGCGAACUACCACGGCACAGAAUACCGGCAUGCGGACGCUUCCGAACUGUGUCAGGACUGGUGGCCACACCCGGGGCUCACCUUCACAAGCAUGGACCUAUUACAGGCUUCAGAGCUCCCCCCUCACCCUCUGGAUGCACGCCACGAGUACUCUUUUGACGAAAACAAGGCGUCCACCCAGUUGCAACAGUUUCCGCCAUGCGCUGUUGCAGCUCCUGCUGGUGGUGCUAUGAGCACACAAGCGGAUGCUAGUGACGGACUGAACGCUGCGAUGGGCGCGUCUACUAUCGCCAUUGCUUCGCAGUUAGAAACAUCCGCUUGGCACGCCCCCUUGGACGCCCUCUCGCAGGAUGCACUAUCUCAGUGCAACAUCCAAACCCGUGACAACGAGAGAGCGGCUAAAAGGCGCAGGAAGCAGAGCAACCCGACUACCUUUGUAUGCUCUGAUUGCCCGGGAAAGACUUGGACGCGGCUAUACAACCUGAACGUGCAUAUCCGCAACGUCCACAAGGGCGAGAGGCCUCAUGCAUGCCCCGACCCGGAGUGUACAAGGCGCUUCAGCCGAAAGCACGACAUGCGAAGACAUUUCCAGUCGCGCCACACGAAUAUGGGCUCGCCCCGUCGCCAGGCCUUCAUGGACCCGACAACCGCAUUUCCUGAUACCGUGCGCGCUGGGCCCAUUGGCUUCACUUCGUCGUUCGAGUCGUCUUCUUCCACGGUUGCACUGCACGCCCAAUCUCCAUUCCCGACGCACAACUCUCGAUGA